AUGGCACAUCUGAGUGAAAGGCAUGGAGAGGCGAUGCAGAGACGCGGAGAGCUGAUGCAGGAGCGGAUGCAACUGCUGGCGAUCCGCACGGGCUACCCGGAGGUGUUCAACCGCCCGCGUCGGAGCUCUCCCUCGUCUACAGCGAACGCUACUGCAGUUGUUGCAGCUAGCAGUCAGCUGGGAUCGAGCAGUAUUCGAGCGAUUAGUCGCGACAGCUCGUACCCGUACCAGCAGCGACGCACACCCGAAGAAAUGGCGGAAUUCAGUCGUCUGUGCGAGCAGCGAGUGGCUCUUACGAAGGAGAAGGGGAUUCAAGCGCAACGGCAAGCGUUGGCCGCUGAGCAACAGCGUCAAGCUCGGAGCCAGCUCGCAGGUGAAGCUGCUCCGGCUCAGGCGGUCCAGAGACUUCGUGAACGACGAGAGAAACAGCGUCGUGCAGCUGAAGCGGAACUGGAGGCGCUGGUGAAUCAGCAGGACUCGUCACUUGAGGCGAUGAACAUCGCGCGAAUGCUAUCACCGAGAUUCCAGGAGCGCAUGGAAUACGCCCCCUCGGUAGCCAAGUACUCGGCUGAAGAUGAGCGGGUCAAGCAGCUACUUGGAACCACACGCAUAGGAACCUACUACCAAUGA